GCCAUUGAGCAAGGCACUGCAUCUAGCGGUUAUUAAUUGGUCACCGUCAUGUCCCUUGGUUUGGUGAGGGGUCACUUCAUGAGGCCUAAAGCUGAGCAUGCGCCACAGUGACCACUGUCCGGAAGCGGUGUCACGUCGCAUUCUGUGUUUCGAGUCUCCCGGGACCCUCCUUGGGAGUUGCAAUAUAAAACGAGUGACCCGCCCCCUCCCGGACAAAUGAGAUCCAGCCCGGCCCGACGCGCCUGUGCUGCGCUACAUGGAUGCUUCAGCAGUUCAGCAUCCUCAGCCUCAUCCUCAUCCUCAGCCUCAGCCUCAUCCUCAGCCCGGCCCAGCUCAGAGGGAAUAACACCGUGACUCGGACAAAUCGGACCGCGCUCUCCUUUUCAGGCAGCUGUACACUACAUAUAGCGUUGCAAGAGCUGCCAUGGCAAACAGAGGGCCCAGCUAUGGACUGAGCCGAGAGGUGCAGGAGAAGAUCGAGCAGAAGUAUGACCCAGACUUGGAGCAGCGGCUGGUGGACUGGAUCGUCGGACAGUGCGGAGGAAACCUAGAGAGGCCGCAGACAGGCAGAGAGAACUUCCAGAAAUGGCUGAUGGAUGGAACAAUCCUCUGUCGGCUCAUCAACAGCCUUUAUCCGAGGGGGAAGGAGCCUAUCAAGAAGAUUCUAGAGACUCAGAUGGCCUUCAAACAAAUGGAGAAGAUCUCUCAGUUCCUGCAAGCAGCUGAAGCUUACGGAGUCACAACCACGGACAUAUUUCAAACUGUGGACCUCUGGGAAGGAAAGGACAUGGCAGCAGUACAAAGAACUCUUAUGGCUCUGGGCAGUGUGGCUGUCACUAAGGACGAUGGCCAUUACAGGGGUGACCGAGACUGGUUCCACAGGAAAGCCCAGGGAUAUCGGCGAGAGUUCAGCCAAGAGCAACUCCGCCAAGGUCAGAGUUUGAUCGGCCUGCAGAUGGGCAGCAACCGCGGGGCCUCCCAAGCUGGCAUGACAGGCUAUGGUAUGCACCGUCAGAUCAUGUAGACCACUUACUAACGAACCUCCUCCCCAGCUUCCAGACCUUAUUUUGUACCAAUAUCACAAAGGUUGUAGCCCCCGUACCCCCAUACCCUCUCUAGCACCUGCCAUGUUAACCUCAAAUGUCCUUGAAUUGCUGCUUUCCCAAACAGUGUUAUAUCUUAUAAAAUGAUAUCAAAUAUAGAUGUUCUUCUUCAAACUCUCUUCCUGGUCCUCUCUUCCCAUAUUGCCAUGUGUUACACCCUCCUCCCCUCUUUGUUUACUGUCAUGUGUAAGUGAUUACUUUAUGUGGAACUCAAAGUAAAUAAAGAUGAAUUUAGUCUCGUAGAAAAUGUAAGAUUAAAAUCUCUUCACAAAAGAAGCAAUCAGUGUUAAUGACAUUUUAAAUCUGAAAUACUGUGAGCCACGGCUACAACAUGCUGUAUGCUAUUUAUUUGUAUUUAUGUGUACAUUUAUUUACAUUCAGUCAUUGGUUUAGGACAAUCUGUAUCUAUGUACCUAUUUAGCCAUCUAACCGAAUGAACUCAUUAGGUUACACAAUGUCUCUGCUGUCUAGUCUGAGGACUUUUUUCAGUUUCCUCUUUAACUAAAUCAACCUCACGUUGUGCCUGGUUAUGGGACUACACAGACCGGGUCCUGAUGUAUUGGCCUAAAAAUAUAAAUGGGUUUCAUUCAUUCUCAGUCAUGCCCUUGUUAUUUGUUUGUGAGAUUAUAUUUUUGUCCAUGAUGUGUCCAUGCAAGUAAAUGUGCAGCAGCCAACAUGUUUGACAGUGAAGUUUCCAUUU